AUGAUUUCCAAAUGUUUUUUGGCUAUUCUGACUCUGUGCACUUUUACGAAUUGCUCUUGUGAUUGCGAGUUCCAAAACCAAAUCUUGGUCUGUAACAAAAGAUCCAUGAAAGAAAUGCCAGUGAAUGUACCUUCCAAUGUAACUGAAAUACAUGUAAUGAAUACUAAUAUUAGCACAUUAAGAUCUGGAGCCUUUAGGAAUUAUCCUGCAUUAGUGACAAGGAUUGAUUUUAUGAAUAAUUUAAUAUCGACAAUAGAAAUUGGGGCCCUGGAUGCUCUCAGUAAUCUCACUCAUCUUGAGGUAGAUGGUAGCCCACUGGAAAUAUUGAAUGUUGGGAUUUUUGACAACCUUCCAGAACUGGAGAAUCUCUUCCUGACAAGAAAUGAUAUUAAGAAUAUAGAAAAGAGAUUAUUUGAUAAACUUCUGAAAUUAGAGGAACUACGUUUGUUUGACAAUAGCUUACGUGAGAUUUCAAGUGGAAUAUUUGACAAACUUUCACAGCUUCAAAAAUUGCAUAUAGGAGGAAAUGAGCUAAAGAAUCUUCCUCCACAAAUAUUUGAUAACGUUAGAAAACUCAAAUUGUCUAAUAUACCUAAUGGAACCUUUAAUAAUUUGCGAUCUCUUUCUUCCCGUGGACUUGACCUGCAGAAUAACCCCUUUGUUUGUGACUGUCAAUUAAUAUACCUGAGAAAGUGGAUAAAGGCAAAUGAAAGAAUCGUCAGACCAGGAACUUCAAUUCCUAUUGUGACUACAGUGUUAUCUACUCCCAGUACAACUGAAUUAACAGCAGAACAGACAACACCGUCUGGCAUUUCAACACAUAACAGGAAGAUGAUUUCCAAAUGUUUUUUGGCUAUUCUGACUCUGUGCACUUUUGCGACUUGCUCUUAUGAUUGCGAGUUCCAAAACCAAAUCUUGGUCUGUAACAAAGGAUCAAUGAAAGAAAUGCCAGUGAAUGUACCUUCCAAUGUAACUGAAAUACAUGUAAUGAAUACUAAUAUUAGCACAUUAAGAUCUGGAGCCUUUAAGAAUUAUCCUGCAUCAGUGAUGAGGAUUGAUUUUAUGAAUAAUUUAAUAUCGACAAUAGAAAUUGGGGCCCUGGAUGCUCUCAGUAAUCUCACUCAUCUUGAGGUAGAUGGUAGCCCACUGGAAACAUUGAAUGUUGGGAUUUUUGACAACCUUCCAGAACUGAAGAAUCUCUUCCUGGCAAGAAAUGAUAUUAAGAAUCUAGAAAAGGGAUUAUUUGAUAAACUUCUGAAAUUAGAGGAACUACGUUUGUUUGACAAUAGCUUAAGUGAGAUUUCAAGUGGAAUAUUUGACAAACUUUCACAGCUUCAAAAAUUGCAUAUAGGAGGAAAUGAGCUAAAGAAUCUUCCUCCACAAAUAUUUGAUAACGUUAGAAAACUCAAAGUUCUUCGACUUCGCAAUAAUCAGAUUGCUAAUCUCACAACAGGUAUUUUUGACCAUCUCUCAGAACUGAUUGAGCUUUCUUUGAGUUGGAAUAGUAUUUCACAUCUCCCACCUGACAUUUUUUCUAAACUUAUUAUGUUAGAAAAGUUGUUUUUGGAGUCAAACUCCAUCACAGAACUUCCUGAGGGGAUUUUGAACAAUUUGACAAAAUUAUCUCGCUUGAAACUGGACUCUAACAUGAUCUCCAGUCUUCCUGCUAAUGUAUUUGAAUUCACUUCAAAGCUCAUUGAACUUUCCUUGACUGAAAACAAACUUCUCACUCUUCCUGAUAAUGUGUUCAGUAAACUGUCUAUACUGCGUAAACUUCUACUGAGCGAGAACCAGAUCUCAACUAUUGGAAAGAAAGCUUUCAGUGGCCUUAAACAAUUGAGUGAUCUUCAGCUGCAAGGAAACAAUAUCAGGAUGUUGGACAAUGAAAUUUUUGAAGAAUUAUCCAUGUUGAAAAAGCUGAAUUUUGCCCAUAAUCAGUUGUCUAAUAUACCUAAUGGAACCUUUAAUAAUUUGCGAUCUCUUUCUUCCCGUGGAUUUGACCUGCAGAAUAACCCCUUUGUUUGUGACUGUCAAUUAAUAUACCUGAGAAAGUGGAUAAAGGCAAAUGAAAGGAAAGUAAAAUCGGCGAGUAAAUUGUUAUGUGACAGUCCUGUUGAUAGAGCUGGAUUGAGUAUUCUAUCUUUAAAAGAGGAAGAAUUUGUCUGUUUAAUUACAACAGCACUAACUACUAUUCCAUAUACAACAGAACAGACAUCCAGAUCUGGCAUUUCAACACAGAUUACGACUACAGUAUUAUCUACUCCCUGUACUACAAAGACUACAGAACAGACAACCACAUCAGAAACUUUAACACCUAGUUUCAGUACGGAGUUAUCUCCCAGUACAACUGAACUAACAGAACAGACAACAACACCAGAAACUUUAACACCUAGUUUGAAUACAGAGUUACCUACCCCCAGUACAACUGAACUAACAGAACAGACCACGACACCAGAAAUUUUGACAGCUGGUUUGACAACAGAAUUGUCUACUCCCAGUACAACUGAAUUAACAACAGAACAGACAACAACAUCUGGCAUUUCCACACAUAAUAGUUGCUAUAGUGCUUAUCAAAUGAAGUAUAGUAGGAAACUCAGUAAUGAGGUAAACAACCUUAUCAAGAGUUUUCAGAAGCAGAGGAGCUGUGCCUUUCCCAGUUGUGUAGAAGUAAAUUGUGACAAGGUUGUUAAAUUCCUUUCUUGGAGUUUUUGCUCACUAAUAAAGAAGAUGAUUUUCAAAUGUUUUUUGGCUAUUCUGACUCUGUGCACUUUUGCGACUUGCUCUUAUGAUUGCGAGUUCCAAAACCAAACCUUGGUCUGUAACAAAGGAUCCAUGAAAGAAAUACCAGUGAAUGUACCUUCCAAUGUAACUGAAAUACAUGUAAUGAAUACUAAUAUUAGCACAUUAAGAUCUGGAGCCUUUAAGAAUUAUCCUGCAUCAGUGAUGAGGAUUGAUUUUAUGAAUAAUUUAAUAUCGACAAUAGAAAUUGGGGCCCUGGAUGCUCUCAGUAAUCUCACUCAUCUUGAAGUAGAUGGUAGCCCACUGGAAAUAUUGAAUGUUGGGAUUUUUGACAACCUUCCAGAACUGAAGAAUCUCUUCCUGACAAGAAAUGAUAUUAAGAAUCUAGAAAAGGGAUUAUUUGAUAAACUUCUGAAAUUAGAGGAACUACGUUUGUUUGACAAUAGCUUACGUGAGAUUUCAAGUGGAAUAUUUGACAAACUUUCACAGCUUCAAAAAUUGCAUAUAGGAGGAAAUGAGAUAAAGAAUCUUCCUCCACGAAUAUUUGAUAACGUUAGAAAACUCAAAGUUCUUCGACUUCGCAAUAAUCAGAUUGCUAAUCUCACAACAGGUAUUUUUGACCAUCUCUCAGAACUGACUGAGCUUUCUUUGAGUUGGAAUAGUAUUUCACAUCUCCCACCUGACAUUUUUUCUAAACUUAUUAUGUUAGAAAAGUUGUUGUUGGAGUCAAACUCCAUCACAGAACUUCCUGAGGGGAUUUUGAACAAUUUGACAAAAUUAUCUCGCUUGAAACUGGACUCUAACAUGAUCUCCAGUCUUCCUGCUAAUGUAUUUGAAUUCAAUUCAAAACUCAUUGAACUUUCCUUGACUGAAAACAAACUUCUCACUCUUCCUGAUAAUGUGUUCAGUAAACUGUCUAUACUGCAUAAACUUCUACUGAGCAAGAACCAGAUCUCAACUAUUGGAAAGAAAGCUUUCAGUGGCCUUAAACAAUUGAGUGAUCUUCAGCUGCAAGGAAACAAUAUCAGGAUGUUGGACAAUGAAAUUUUUGAAGAAUUAUCUAUGUUGAAAAAGCUGAAUUUUGCCCAUAAUCAGUUGUCUAAUAUACCUAAUGGAACCUUUAAUAAUUUGCGAUCUCUUUCUUCCCGUGGACUUGACCUGCAGAAUAACCCUUUUAUUUGUGACUGUCAAUUAAUAUACCUGAGAAAGUGGAUAAAGGCAAAUGAAAGGAAAGUAAAAUCGGCGAGUAAAUUGUUAUGUGACAGUCCUGUUGAUAGAGCUGGAUUGAGUAUUCUAUCUUUAAAAGAGGAAGAAUUUAUCUGUUUAACUACAACAGCACCAACUACUAUUCCACAAGUUUCAACUUUGAUGACUACAUUAUUAACUACCGUGAAAACCUUUACAACAGAAGGAAUCACCACACCAGAAACUUCAAUUCCUAUUGUGACCACAGUGUUAUCUACUCCCAGUACAACAGAACUCACAACAGAAGAGACAUCCACAUCUGGCAGUUCAACACAUAUGACGACUACAGUAUUAUCUACUCCCUGUACUACAAAGACUACAGAACAGACCACCGCACCAGAAACUUUAACACCUAGUUUGACUACAGAGUUAUCUACUCCCAGUACAACUGAACUAACAGAACAGUCUACCACACCAGAAAUUUCAACACCCAGUUUGACUACAGAGUUAUCUACUCCCAGUACAACUGAAUUAAUGGAACAGACUACCACACCAGAAGUUUCAACACCUAGUUUGACUACAGAGUUAUCUACUCCCAGUACAACUGAAUUAAUGGAACAGACCACCACACCAGAAGUUUCAACACCUAGUUUGACUACAGAGUUAUCUACUCCCAGUACAACUGAAUUAAUGGAACAGACCACCACACCAGAAAUUUCAACACCCAGUUUGACUACAGAGUUAUCUACUCCCAGUACAACUGAAUUAAUGGAACAGACUACCACACCAGAAGUUUCAACACCUAGUUUGACUACAGAGUUAUCUACUCCCAGUACAACUGAAUUAAUGGAACAGACCACCACACCAGAAGUUUCAACACCUAGUUUGACUACAGAGUUAUCUACUCCCAGUACAACUGAACUAACGGAACAGACCAUCACACCAGAAAUUUCAACUACGACUAAAAUUAUGAGUAUAGCCACAACUAAAAUUUCUACAACUCAUAGUAUGACAACUGAACAAACAGAUUUUGCAUCUCACAUGCAUUGGACGUCCUCAGUGACUUGGAUGACAUCAACGGCUAAAGUAACAAGCACAAAGGUGAUCUUCAAUUCAGUAAUUCUUACUAAAUAUACUUCAGAAAGACCAACUGAAAACACCCCUAUACCAGAAUUCUUUUCUACCUCUGCACAAAUAUCAAGUACAAAGAAUAUAAAUGCACCUUCUUUUCGAAGAGCAACAUGGGCUUCCCAUGAAAAGGGAAACUGUGUGUUACUUGCAAUAUUAUCUCUAAUACUUCUACUGCUCCAAAUAAUCUUCACAACCACACUACUGUACCACAUUUGGUGUCUUUACAAAUCUCUUCUUUAUGAAAAGAAAAAGCAGACUUUGAUUAAACUAAUUAAAUUUUCAAGAAGAUAACGAUUUUGAUAAUGGAGUAAAUAAUGACAUACUGUACUCUUUGAAAUUCUAUUUAAUUAGUAUUGCAUGGUAUUUAGCCAAGUUGGAUUUCACCUCCUUUUUUGUGAAAAACACAAUUUUACACAUGUUUAGGCUUAUGCCAAUAUUGCAAUUAUACUGCCACCCAGCCCAUUAAAUGUUGUGGAGCUGAGGUCUUUUUGUAUUACAGUUGUCUGGUCCCAAAGUUUUGCUGAGUUUCAAAAGUACAUUUAAUAUCAGAGAAAUGUAUACAAUAUACAUCCUGAAAUUCUUUUUCUUUGCAAACAUCCACGAAAACAGAGGAGUACCCCAAAGAAUGAGUGACAGUUAAAUGUUAGAACCCCAAAGACCCCCAGAUCCCCCUUCUCAUGCAUAAGCAGCAGCAAAACAACGAUCCCCCUCCUCCACUAGCAAAAAAAGCAACAGUACCCCUCCACCGACCACUCAAGUGUAUGGCAAAUCAUCAAUAAAGACACAGACUUGCAGUACCCCAAAGGCUACUUGCAGUACCCUAAAGGACUUAGUAUUCGACAUACCACAGGCUCCCUCUCUCCCUAAUGAGGGAAAAAGAGAUGUCCCUGUUUCACGGCGAGAGGAGAGACAUAACAAACAACACGCUGAUUUACGAUGUUAAAAGACUGUUGUGUCACUUUUUCCAAGCUCUGUGGCUAAAGAACUCAGGUCUCUGGGCACACAGCCAGCAGCCAGCCUGCUGCUUUCAAUCUUCCAUCUCCCACGACAUACCAAUUUCCUGCGGAGGCACUGACCACAAGUCUGCCCGCCUCCAGAGCCGUGAAAUCCUGGAACCCUGAAAGCGCUCUAGUCUUCUAGGCCACAUUGUGAGACCCCGAGAGCGGGUCCCAUUCCCGCAAGGAACUGAAGUCAAAAGAACCCUGAAAGGGAAAAUUAGAGAUGUUAAAGAUAGAAAUAGAGCCGUUUCCAAAGAUGCAAGCAAAGGAGUUGCCGUUAGGCGCCAUCGUCCUCCUACGCUCCAACGUUGAGUGCAGCGUUCUCAGCCUUAAAAGUAUCAUAUGAAUGAAUGAAAGUGAAAUACAGAAUUAAUAAUUAAUAUAAUGAUGAAUGUUUAACAAUCUAGACAAAGUCAAAUCUAUUAAGCCACAGGUCAGAAGCUGAGGAAUUACUUGUUGGUUAACUACCUCUAGCUAAACAUCAAAUGCAAACAAUAUCAUUCCAGCACUUCCUUGAAAAGAAAUAUUGGUUUCCCGUGUUUUUUAAGGAAAAUGCAAGCAAUCACUUCUUUGCCCAAAACCUGAAAGUUCUCGAUGAGCAAAAAAGGUGAAGUCAAGAGACGAGGGAACAGUUUGUCAUGCAUCAGUGUUCCGUUCUCCUGGUGUAAAAAUGGAGUUCAAUGUGAUUCCUCCUUAGCGUAUGCUAAAAUAAAAUGGACAUCUGUCAGACAAAAUGGCGUUAGUUUGGAGUGGGUUGGUUUUGAGAAAGUGCAGGAAAAACAGUCCACAGCAAUGUUUGGAGAAAGUCAAGGAAGCACAAGUCUGCAGCCAUAAUACUGAAAAUUGAUGAAAGACACUUUUUUUUUCUGGGCUGAACGUCAUAAGAGAUAAGAGGGUGCAGACUGUACCACCAAAGGAUGGAAAAGUAAGGGGUUAUGAAGAUUAUAAAAAGGGGCACUUCCUGUGCAACUGGGAAACCUUGUCUUGGGCUACAUCAUGGCUGGUGCUAGUGCAAGAUAGGGAACAGUAUGUUGAGUCACAGAGAUUUAGAGGGAAAGAAAAAGAGAGCGGGGAGGGAAUGAGAGAGAAAGAGGGAGAGAGAAAGAAGGGAGAGAGAAAGAAGGGAGAGAGAAAGAAGGGAGAGAGAAAGAGGGAGAGAGAGAAAGAGGGAGAGAGAAAGUGAGAGAAAGUGAGAGAGAGAGAGAGAGAGAGAGGGAGAGAGAGAGAGAGGAGGAAAACAGGCUGCAAGAAGGAUUGUUAAAUCUGUGACUCUCCAACAUUGCAGAGAUCGGUUUGCUUAGUGGAUAAGUAUUAUUUUGAUUUCUGUAGGUGUUUCUACUGUGGACAUUUGUUUUUUUUCCUAUGUUGCAUCUGUGCUAGUUCUAAUAAAGUGUUAU